AUUAUUAUUAUUAUUAUCAUUUGAUGUACACAUAUAUACAGCUAUGUAUGUGUAUGUAUUUUGUAUAUUAAGAAUUGGAUGGUGAAUUUUAAUGAAUUUGAAGCAAAUUCUAAGAACGUGAAGAUCAAGUGUUGGUUGCAUUGCUAGAUAUAUUUAUAUUCACAGUCAUCUGUUACUAGGUAUGAAGCGGUGCAGAGAUGAUGAUGAUGAUGCUUAUAGUAGUCCUCAACUCAAGCGGCCAGUGGUUUCUGAACUCUCCGGGCAUUGUCAGAAGAUGGACAAAGGUAGCUCUCGAAAGUUGACAACUAAGGAUGCCCUUAAAUACCUUGAUAAAGUUAAAGAUAUAUUUCGCGACGAAAAGGACAAAUAUGAUGAGUUUCUUAAAGUCAUGAAAGAUUUCAAGGCGCAAAGAAUAAAGACCACAGGUGUCAUAGCAAGGGUGAAGGAUUUGUUUGAAGGGCAUCCGGAACUAAUUUUGGGUUUCAAUCCCUUUCUGCCAAAGGGAUUUGAGAUCACCCUCCCGCGAGUGGAUGAUCAAGAUCAAAUAAAGAAGCCUUUGGAAUAUAAAGAAGCUGUUCUAUUUGUAAACAAAAUAAAGAUGAGAUUUCAAGGACAAGACCAUGUGUACAAAUAUUUUCUUGAUACUUUGAGUAAGUAUAGCAAAGAAAAUAAAUCCAUCAAGGAAGUUCAUCAAGAGAUUGGUGCUCUUCUUAAUGAUCAGCAAGACCUGCUCAAGGAGUUCAUCAAUUUUUUUCCUGAUUCUUCUUCGGUAGCAGGAUCUAAUAAUUCUGGUCACUCCAGUAGCAACCAUAACUCUGAAAAGAUUGCUAUUGGUUCUCAUACUGAAGGCAAGGUCAGUGUUGAUCGGCCUGAUUCAGAUCAUGAGAAAGGAUGUAUUGUGGUUGAUAAAGAGCAUAGGAGGAAUGAUGAGAAAGAAACAGACACAUCGGAAGAGACAGAACUCAGAGAAAAUCAUCUAGAUGAUAAAGAUUCUGAUGGAAUUAAUCGUUUUACCCAGCAUGAACAUGUUCAUACUCUUGAGGAUUCUCUAGCUGAACUAUUUCAUCAAGAUGUGCAUGGCCAAAUGCUUUGUCUACGUGAGAAGGUCAAGGAAAGAUUGAGUAACUCAGAAGAUUACCAGACCUUUUUGAAGUGCAUUGCUCAGUACUGCACAGAAAAUAUAACCAGAUCACAACUGCAAUCGCAGGUAAAUGAUUUGCUUGGAGCAUAUGCGGAUCUUGUGGAAGAAGUCAAUGAGUUUAUAGAUCGCAGUGAAAUGACAAGAUCUGGACCUAAACCAUCUUCACUUUCCAUCAGGGAAAAGUAUCUUUCUAAAUCGAUUCAAGAACUUGACCUUUCUGACUGUGAAAGCUGCACUCCAAGUUACCGGCUUCUGCCAAAAAAUUAUCCAAUUCAGUCAGCAAGUCAAAAAACAAAGAUUGGAUUUGAGGUUUUGAAUGAUCACUGGGUUUCUGUUACUUCUGGAAGCGAGGAUUAUUCUUUCAAACACAUGCGUAAGAACCAGUAUGAAGAGAGUUUAUUUCGAUGUGAAGAUGACAGAUUUGAAUUGGACAUGUUAAUAGAAACCGUGAAUGUAACAGCCAAACGUGUGGAAGAAUUGCUGGACAGGAUCAACGAUAACUCCACCAAGACAGACAAUGUGGUUCAUAUUGAAGACUUCACAGCUAUAAAUUUGAAAUGCAUUGGACGUUUAUAUGGUGAUCAUGGGCUUGAUGUGAUGGAUGUAUUAAGGAAGAACGCAUCUCUUGCGUUGCCAGUAAUACUAACCCGUCUUAAACAGAAACAAGAAGAGUGGCUGAGGUGUCGUGCUGAUACUAAAAAGGCUUGGGCAGAAAUUUAUGCGAAAAAUUAUCACAAGUCACUUGAUCACCGUAGCUUCUAUUUCAAGCAGCAGGAUUCAAAGAGCUUGAGUGCUAAAGCUUUGUUGGCCGAAAUAAAGGAAAUCAGUGAAAAUAAGUCUGUAGAGGAUAACAUUCGUCAGUGUAUUGCUCCUGGAAAAAAACAAAACGCCAUUCCACAUCAGGAAUAUAAGUACUCGGAUUUGGAUAUUCAUGAAGACUUGUAUCAGCUCAUGAGUUAUGUGGUAUCACAAAGUGGUUCUCCUGACCAAAUCGAUAAAGCCAUGAGGAUUUGGAUUACUUUUGUUGAACCUAUGCUUGGUGUUCCUCCUAGGGUUUCAUGUGUAUCUGACCAAGAUGCCACAAAAAGGAGCAGCCGUGCUUCUAUAAGCGGCAGUACAGCUGUUAGGCGAAGUGACGGAAAACUUGCCAAGAAUGGAGAUGAAGUUUAUACUGAAAAGUUAGGCUCUUCUAGAACUAGCCUGUUAUAUGUUAACAAUGGUGUUAAAGAGAAUGGUUUAUCCAACACCAAUGAACAUAAUUUGAUUCCAAGCGUUUCAAUUGCUAGCGACACUCACGUUAAGAUAGAAAGAGAGACAACAGGAGAGUUAUUGCCAAACAGAGAUUCUAAAAAGGAUAAUUGUGCAGCGUAUAGUGAUCAUGGUUCGGAGUCAUCCCAUAAGUCGAAAGAAAUUAUCAUGACCAAAAUUAUGUAUCAAAACAAUCAUCAGCAAGGUGGCUUAGAAAACAAAGCAGGUGUGAAUACUUUUGAGAACGGUGAUGAUUCGGGAAGUGAAUCCGAUGAUGUGGAGGAUUUCUCUCCCGAAGAACAUGAUAACAAUGGUGAGAGUGAAGGCGUAGUGGAUGGGAUGGGUGACGACACCUGUCCAGUUUCCGAACAUUUUCUAAAAAGAAUGAAACCACUUAUGCUUCAUGUUCCCGCAACAUUGCACAGUAAAGCGAAUAAAUCUCGGGUCUUCUAUGGAAAUGAUGACUUUUAUGUUUUCUUCAGGCUUCAUCAAAUAUUGUACUCACGUCUGGAGGAGGCAAAGGAAAAGUCCUUGGUCGAAAGAUGGAGGGGUUCAAAUGAUACAACACCUACCGAUUCAUAUGCUAGAUUCUUAGAUCUACUCUAUAGUUUUCUUGAUGGUGCUAUUGAUAGCGCAAAAUAUGAGGAUGAAUGUCGGACUGUUCUUGGCACUUGGUCAUUCCCUGUCUUCACAUUGGACAAGUUAAUAGACAAACUAACUAAACUGCUACUAUCCAUCACAAUGGAUGAUGUUAAUAACAAGCUUCUCGAUCUCUUUGCAUAUGAAUGUUUAAGAAAGACGGAGAGAUUUGUAGACGAACUCUAUAAUGCAAACGCGAGCGUGAUUGUUAAUGACUCGAAGAUCUUCCGGUUUGAGUGUUCAUCAAUCCCAGAAACAUGUCGACAAACCCAAUUAACUAUACAGAUACUAAACUUCGGAUAUGAGAAGUCUGAACCAUCAGCUUCUAUGAUGGACCCAAAUUUUGCAGCAUAUCUAAGAACUCAACUUCUUUCAGUUGAUUCUUUGAAAAAGAGGCACAGGAUCUUCUUGAAGAGGAAUAAGGGGAAAUAUACUUGCGAUGAUGAGGACUUGGAAAUGACUAAGGCCAUGGAAGGAUUUCAUAUCUUAAACGGGUUAGAGUUUAAGAUAGCUGCCUUUACGCACAAGAUAUACUAUCUUAUGGGCACAUCAGAUUCGUUGGUGCGAAUUGGCAGAAAAAGAUUCAAGACGCGCAUGCUGUCUCAUGAACGUGCUAAUUCUUCAAAUGGCCUCUCUCUUAGAGCGAUGAAAUUCCGUAACCUGUUGGUCUCUAGGAUUCAAUCCAUGGAAAUAAGACAUGCAGUUUGAUGAGGUGCUGCAAACAUGUUACAAAGGAAGUGUAUGACAAAGUAACAUCUUUCUAAUCAAAGUGCUUCGUGGUUCUAUUGGCCAUUUAGUUUUUACGAGUCUGGAAAAGACUUUGAGGUAUCAUGCGGCAAUUUUAAGCCUCUUCCUAUGAAUGGAUCACAGUUAUUUCCAACAAUUAAUCAAUACAUUAGUUUCUUCAUAAUUCAGUUUCCGAGACAUUUUCAAAAAUAUGAAACUUGGCUAUAAGUUAGAAAGACAAUAGGGAACCUAUGGCAGAGAUUAUUACUACAAUCCUGUUUUCUUUUUUCUAAAGUAUAGAGUAAUGAAAUGAAAUUGUUGUUUCAACUACAUUGAAGAGAUUAUUACUAUAUUCUGCCUUUUUUUUU